AUGUUCCAACCCAACCCCGAAGACCACCUCCACCUCCGCCUCCACCGCGCCCGCUCCGUAGUCCUCACCUCCGAUGAACUCGUCGAGAUCCGCGCAGCCCAGCGCACCUUUGAGGGCGCCUACAUGCGCACGGCCCUGGGCCAGUUCUCCUUCGCCCUCAUCAUCCUCAAGAUCUUCACGUCCGAGUUCUACGCCAUCGGCGCCCUCUUCGCCGUCUACGGCGCCGCCGUCAUGCUCGUCGCCAUCUACCGCCGCUACGAGGGCAACCGCCAGUUCUUCCUCGCCGCGCCCGACGUCGACGCCGCCGGCGACCGCGACCCGGCCGACGCCGACGAGGCGCCCGCCAAGAGGUUUCGCACCUCGGGCAACAGCGUCGCCCUGCUCGCCGGCCUGAGCCUCGCUGCCUACUCGACCCUGCUUGUUCUGACCUGGCAGCUUGUCAGCUGA